GCAGGAGUCAACGUGAACGUCAAAUCAUGUCCCGGGUGUGCAUUUCAAGAAGCAUUAGAAUUUUACAGAGAAAAACCACACCGAGUCAAUGGAGUCAAAAUAUGAAAUUCACUUCGCGAAGUCAACCAAUGAACACCAUAAUACUGUUUGUACCCCAACAAGAAGCAUGGGUAGUCGAGAGGUUUGGAAAGUUUGAUAGAGUUUUGAACCCAGGACUUAACUUUAUUUUACCUAUCGUGGAUAAAAUCAAAUAUGUACAAUCUCUAAAGGAAGUGGCAUCCGAAGUCCCGGAGCAAGCAGCUGUUACAUCAGAUAAUGUCACACUGGGACUAGAUGGUGUGUUAUACACUAAAGUGUUUGAUCCAUAUAAGUGUAGUUAUAAUGUAGAAAAUGCUGAAUUUGCCAUCAAGAAAUUAGCCCAGACCACCAUGAGAUCUGAAAUAGGAAAAAUUACACUAGACACUGUUUUCAGAGAGAGGGAAGUUUUGAAUGUGAAUAUUGUUGAUGCCAUCAACAAAGCAUCAGAACCGUGGGGAAUUUCCUGUUUACGAUAUGAAAUCAGAGACAUGACUCUUCCCCACAGAAUCCAGGAAGCUAUGCAGAUGCAAGUUGAAGCUGAAAGGAAAAAGAGAGCUAGCAUCUUAGAAUCUGAAGGUAUCAGGGAGGCUGAAAUAAAUGUAGCUGAGGGUAAAAAGAAAGCAAAGAUUCUGAAUUCAGAGGCCUUCAAGAUUGAACAAAUUAAUAUUGCAAAUGGUGAAGCGGAGGCCAUUCGAGCGAUGGCCGAGGCCAAGGCCAGAGCUGUCAGUCAGGUGUCUGAGGCUAUCAGUAAACAGAAUGGAAUGAAUGCUGUGGCAUACAGUAUAGCAGAACAGUAUGUAGAUGCUUUUGGUAAACUGGCCAAAACAAACAACACUGUCAUUCUACCGGCAAAUUCUGGGGAUGUUGGAGGGAUGGUUGCUCAGGCCAUGACAGUGUACAAAAAUCUUGCAAGUAUGGAUCAAUUAAAGACUGAACAAGCAUCAAUACCAGUCAGACCUACAGAAAAUAUUAAAUCUGGACCAGAGGAAUGAAAUAUUAAAUCGGAACCAGAAGAAUGAAAAAUAUACAAUAAUACAUGUAGUGUGAAUGGCUGAACAAAUGAGUGAGAGGAGAAACAAGAACUAUUUUAUAUUUAAAACUGUGUUUUUUGCUGUAGCAAAAAAUAAACUGUAUAAAAAGAAA